UCUUUCCAUUUUGCUCUUUUCUCUUAAGGACUAAGCAUACCCAUCCCUUUCUAUUUAUUGUUUUGCGUAUACAUUUGUCAUUACGAACCAAGCCUUUAAGAUCGACAAGACCCACGGUGUUAUAAAUCUUCCAUUUUUGCACAAUUCCUGACCAAGACAAUGGAUUUUAUUGCACACCCAUCUGUCCUUGCUUCAUCUUCAUCGUCUUUGUUUGUGAAUUUCUUUGAGAGGGUUAGAGAUGGUUUUCAUUUUGCGGCAUCUGCGGUUCUUGGGAACAUCUUCUCUGCAAUCUUCACCUUCUUCUUUGCAUUAGUGGGCACCUUUUUAGGAGCUAUGACUGGAGCUUUGAUAGGUCAAGAGACGGAAAGCGGUUUUGUUAGAGGGGCUGCCGUUGGAGCAAUAUCUGGAGCUGUUUUCUCCAUUGAAGUUUUUGAAUCUUCUCUUGUUCUUUGGCAAUCAGAUGAAUCCGGUAUUGGGUGUCUCCUCUACUUGAUUGAUGUCAUUGCAAGCCUUCUAAGUGGGAGACUUGUCCGCGAGCGGAUUGGUCCAGCCAUGUUAAGUGCCGUGCAGAGUCAGAUGGGUGCUGUUGAAGCAAGCUUUGAUGAGAUCCCAAACAUCUUUGACACUGGUGGUGCCAAGGGUUUGCCGGGCGAUUCAGUUGAGAAAAUCCCAAAGAUCAUAAUCACAAAAAAUAACAAUAUAGAUACUUCUGGAGAGGAAGUCUCUUGUUCAGUGUGUCUUCAGGACUUUCAGCUUGGAGAGACGGUUAGAUGCUUGCCUCAUUGCCAUCAUAUGUUUCACUUACCUUGCAUAGAUAAGUGGCUCCUUAGGCAUGGCUCUUGUCCAUUAUGCAGAAGGGAUCUGUGACAUAGUUUCUGUAAAUUAUACACUACAGAUAAGAUUUUCUUUUAUUGUUUAUACAGUUGUUACCUUUUAGGGCUUUUGUACUUCUUUCACUUGAAAUACUUCAGGACAUCGUUACUUUGGUAGUUGGAGAUACCAUGUUCUGAGUUGGAUCCUUGUAGUACUAGCGAUCAUGUAUAAAAAAAUUUUGAGCCACUGCAGUUUUUAUUGUUUC